GGGAAGCCAUUUUGUUUGGAAGCUUUGCACGGGAAAGCUAGGAUAUUGUGUUUGUUUUUCUCCCCGUUUUGCAGUUACACGUUAUAAGUUUGAGUUAACAUUUUAAUCAAGGUCGUUUCUCCAGCUAAAUACGUAGUUUGUUUAGCAGUAACUACGUAAAACACGAAACUUAGAGCAUAAAAUAACCAUUCAUUCCCCGUGUUCGGUUUGACGGCCUUUGAUGGCCGACCGCUCUAGCUGCGUUUUCAUAAACAGUUUCGUCCGGGGCGCCAUCGUUGUAUGAGUGUUUUUUCCAGCUGUCGUCAGCACUGAUCACUGCCCGACGCACUUUCGGCAAAGAUCGCUAGAUUGUUCUGUAGUAUUUCGCCGACCGCGAUUGCCUGCUAGCUGGUUAGUAUCUCCUGCCGCGCUAGUCAGCCAGUCGCCAGCCGCUUAGUGCGAAGCAGCGCGAGUAAAAUGUCCGAGAUGUACAUCCGCGUGGCCGAGGACGAGAAUGAGGAGCCCAUGGAGAUCCCCUCGGAGGACGACGGCACCGUGCUGCUGUCCACAGUGGCCGCCCAAUUUCCCGGAGCGUGCGGCCUCCGGUACCGCAGCCCCGUCUCUCAGUGUAUGAGGGGUGUCCGUCUGGUCGAAGGCAUUUUACACGCCCCUGAGAACGACUGGGGCAACUUGGUGUAUGUCGUCAACUACCCGAAAGACAACAAAAGGAAAAUGGAAGAGAUAGAUGCUGCGUCCGCAGUGAAGAUAAAGCGCGGUGUGCAGAAGACGUCAGAUCUGAUCGUGUUGGGUCUGCCGUGGAAAACGUCUGAGCAGGACCUUAAGGACUACUUUAGCACCUUCGGAGAAGUUAUCAUGGUGCAGGUGAAGAGAGACGCAAAGACUGGAAACUCCAAAGGGUUUGGCUUUGUGCGCUUCACAGAUUAUGAGACUCAGGUCAAAGUCAUGUCCCAGCGGCACAUGAUCGAUGGAAGAUGGUGUGACUGUAAGCUCCCCAACUCCAAGCAAGGCCCCGACGAGCCGAUGAGGAGCAGGAAGGUGUUUGUCGGCCGCUGCACCGAGGACAUGACCGCCGACGAUCUCCGACAGUUCUUCAUGCAGUACGGGGAGGUCACCGACGUCUUCAUCCCCAAGCCCUUCCGGGCUUUCGCCUUUGUCACGUUCGCUGAUGACCAAGUGGCCCAGUCCCUGUGUGGGGAGGACCUGAUCAUCAAAGGGGUCAGCGUGCACAUCUCCAACGCCGAGCCUAAACACAACAAUAUUCACCACCUCUUUUCCAAUUUCCCGGGAAGAAGCCCCGCGUUGGCAGCCUUGUUCCAGCGGUCUCAGUAUCAGUGCCCCUCAUCUCAUGUCUAAAUGCUUUGCCAUCAAAGAACACAGCUUCACUCCGCAUUCUCUGUGCUGGACGGUGGGUGUUGCCUUUUUUUAUCCACUUUUUUUUUCAUGGGGGGGGAGAGAGGAAAAAAAGUCCGCACUGUAUCGCAAAGUUGCGCUUUUGAAGAGAGUGGAGAUUGAGGAUGGAUUGUUGGUGGCCCGGAGUGAGAGACUUGAGUUUGAGCGAACGGAGAGAGGAAGAAAUGAAAGCUCGUGUGGAAAGGACUGCUUGUGCGUUCGGAAAGCGGCGUGACAUGCGAGAGGGGGGUGACCCUGUGCCUUUGGUGAGCGAGUGUGAAAGCAGGCGGCAUUUGCAGUGCGAAUGUCUUUCAGUUGCUUUUUUUUCCCCUUCUUCCCUGUAAGACGAUGAUAAAGGACAUUUUUUCCUCUUCCUAAUACUAUACCAUCAUUCAAAUAGCAAGAAAAGUAGUGGAAUGUUUAGUGUUAUGAAUUUGUACCAUUACUCUCUAUAUGACCUGGUUGUGUGUUGCCUUGUUCUCCCUGUUCAUUGACCCUGUUGGUGUGCAAAUGUGCUUUGAUGCUGGUGGUGUCUGUGUUGGACACUAGAGGGCGCUAGUGCGGUGUGUGCGCGCCGGUGCAAGUGAACUCUGUGUGGCUUGGUGUGUGGUGGGGCGGGGGGGCAGAGGGGGUGUUGGUGGGCUGGUAAUGAAAGUUGAAGGAUUCCUAAGAAAGAUUGCUUUUGUUCAGUGUUGUUUUUUGCUUUUCUUUGAAUGCAUUGUACGUUUUGCUAAAAGGGAAUUCUCAAAUAAAGCUAAUUUGAAUAGGUA